UUCUGCUGUAAUGAUAUGGCAAGGAAGUACAUGGAGCGGCGCUUUUCAAAGUCGCAUCGGACAACAAUUCCUGCCAGUUUUAAAGUGCCAGAACCAUGUGAGUUUUAUAACAAAGCAACGCCUUUUGUACAACGAACAUUAUUAUUUGUUGCUGAUGAAAAUUCCGGACCUAAGCCUUGUACUAGUGUAAGUGAAAAUCAAGAUGUGCCGAUCGAAGAGCCAACGCCGUCAGUUUCGAAACCGGGUGACGAGCAAGAAAAAUCGCCUAAAAAGAGCUCAUUUUUCUUCUCCCCUUCCAAAAGUUGCAAGAUUCACGGGCGUAGUUUUUUCCGGCUUCAGACGAGCCCCAAGAAGUCGAAAACGGAAACGUCGACGACUGAAGUAGCUAAUGCGACCCCGGCAGGGGCCGUAGCGGGGAACGGCGGGCUGAUAAGUUACGCUCCAGGCUGGUCGCUCAAGGGAGAACAUCUUAUGAAGUGGCAAGCAUCGGGAAAGACAACUAUAGAGAUCUACACAGACUGGGCGAACCACUAUCUGGAGCGGGCGCGAUCUCGGCGUCGCGCUGGUACGUCAGGGGCAGGGUUAGCACGAGACUGUGCUGAUGGAUUGCUGCUGGCUGAUGUGUUGGAAGGAGUUACGGGACUGAAGGUGCCUCGUGCACAUCGGAAGCCGAGGAAUCCACAGCAAAUGUUGGAAAACGUUCAGUGCUGCUUGGACUUCCUUAACGCCCAAAAAGUCCAAGGGCUGGAACAAGUAACAGCUGUAGAUAUCAGAGAUGCGAAACUUAAAGCGGUGCUAGCUUUAUUUUUUGCUCUGAGUCGACACAAGCAAGCUGCGAAACAACGUGCAGCGCCAUCUACUGUCAAUUUGCCGAACGCAGUUAAAAAUCCAAGCGACGAUGGUUCUUUGAGCUCCGUCCAGCGCAUCACAGGUGGCAGUAGCAGCGAUGAAAUUUUAACUGCUUGCGGCAAUUCUGUCGAAAUGACGACGCUGACAGCUAACAGACAAGUAUCGGUGCUGCAGACGUCGAUUCCGCUGCCAGCAUCGGCGGCAGCGGUGCGACGAGGACCGCCCGACAAACGUCCGCUACCUGCUACGCCUGUGCACUCAGGUGGCAAAAGCGGUCUGUCUGCAAGUUCCAGUCGAUCAACAAGUCCUUUAGGGCAAGGAACAGUGAGUUUUAUACCACGUGCGCCUUCUUCAUCUGGAUCCCGACCGAAUUCGUCCCUAUUGGCGUCGGGUAGCAAGAUUCCAUCCACUUUGGUAUCGCAAUCACAGCUACAGCCGCAGGCUCCAAGCAAUCAGAAUGGAACACCAACAAAGCAUUCCAUGCUUGACAAAUUGAAACUUUUUAACAAAGACAAAGUGAGCACUGAGAAACAAAAUAAUAAAAGCACCGCAGUGUCUAAACGUACCAGUUCUUCCAGUGGUUUCUCAUCAGCCAAAAGUGAGAGGUCUGAUUCUAGUUUAAGUCUUAACGAAUCAUCAAAUACGCCUAAUUCACAUAUCAAAUCUUCUAAUUUAAUAGGACCUAAACCUAUAAGGCAACCAACCGAUACUUUAUCAAAAGAUAAGUCUGGUAAAAAUGUAAAAACUAAAAUAGUUAAUUCAAAAUCACCUAAAGAAUCUUCCUCGAGUUUAAGCAAAUCUAGUUCUAAAUCGAGCAAUAAUGACAAAUCACGAAACAGUCCAAAAAUGAUUUCACGAGACAAAGAAUCUAAAAUAGCCACUCCUAAAUCUAUUAGUAAUACGAAGCUGAAUCAAAUGGAAGAUCUUUCAAGGAAUUCUAAAUUAAAGAUGGAAUCGAAAGUGAAAUCUUCAGGAAGCCAAAUGAAACUAAACAGUGGAACAUCAGAACACAAUGGUCAUAUACAUUCUCAGAGCUCCCAGCCUCAAACUCCUUCCGGUGCGCAAGGCUUUGGUCUUCAGAAUCACACUGGAAUUCCAAAACCAACAGCAGCUGUCAAAGGUACAUUCAAAUCAAAAGAAGACAGACAUGUCAUACACAAAAGUACAAAUAGUCAAUUAAGUCCUAUACAAAGCAAUUCUAGUUUAAAUUCUACUAAUAACGUAAGUGCACUUCCGUUCAGUAGAGAACAAUCUAAUUUAAGUAAAGAAACUUGUCAGAAACAGACACUUGCUGUUUCUCCAAUGCCUGUAAUCAAUUUAGGAGUUCCGAAUGCUACAUCGCAAAUGUCGGAAAGUUCACAUUCAAAUUCGACGCAUAGUACUACAGGGCAACAUUCAAACUCAAGCGACAGCAGCGUGAUUUAUAGACCUUCUAGUGAAUCGGGGUCUGAGAUGUCUAAAACUGGAAUUAGUAAUGGGACUGCUAAUAAAAGACAAAUGGAAAUGAGUUCAACUUACAUUAAAGAUGUUAUUAAUGAAGCAGAAAUUUCAGAAAAAGAAGCUGCACAGAAGCGACUACUUGAAAGCGCUGGACUAAGACCGUCACUUGAUCACAACACAACAUUGACAGAGUUAAACAAGAGUCGUGAAAGUAAUAGCAGAUCAAGCACGCCUUCUCAUUGUCGAGACAACUCACUUGGAGAUGACGAGAAUCCUUUGAUGAAUGUGAUGCCAAUGAGGCCGUUACUGCGCGGUUACAACAGCCAUUUAACACUGCCAAUGAGAACUUCUGGUUUAACACAGAAAAAUAUUCCUGGCUACCCUCAUCACGCUAAUACAGUGAAAGCAAAUUUUGGUCGAGAAAAUAUUGGACUACGAGAUCGUAUGAAUUAUGGCCCUGGAUUUUCGAAUCCCGAUUAUUGCGACCUUGAAAUUGCCUCUGGUUACAUGUCAGAUGGAGAUUGUUUGAGAAGAAUUAAUAUAAAUGAAAUUGAUUGUGGAAGAAACAAUGACGUCAUGGACGGGUACAUGUCAGAGGGAGGCGCAUCACUUUACGGUCGUCGUAUGAAUUACCAACAGACCUCGCAACUACAGCAGUUGGAAGAAAGACGCAGUGGAUCUCGCAAUAGGAUGGAGGGUGGCAGCGGUGUGGUGUAUCGGGUGGUAGGACGCACGCGUAGCAAAGCUGACUGCGGGCAGCAAACAGAGCGGCAACCAGGACCACGACAAGAUACCACGUGGAAGAAGUAUACGGACUCGCCUGGAGUAGGCGCUCCACCUUUGAAUCAAUUGCCCGCACCGCCCAGUCCGUCACAUGGACGCAAAGGUGAACGUCGUACAGGACACCACUCGCCACAACAUCAUAAGAGGGAGAAGCUCACGGCCGCUCAACAGCUUGGCAUUGUUCCUCAUUCACAGUACCCGUCAUCUAAUUCUAGUCAGCACUCUUCUAGAAGUGGGGGUUCUCAGGCGCAGCUACAAUCUCCAAGUGGCGGGUCACGUCCUUCAAGUGUCGCAAGCGGUGGGAACGGCAGCAGUUGUUCAUCGAGCAAAUCAAAAGUUCCACAGAAUUUCGGCUACGUGAAGAGACAAAAUGGAGUGAACCAACCAGCAACUCAACCAAAUGGCCCACCUCAACAUGGUCAUGGUGGAAGAACUGCGCAAGUUUCAGCUGUACCUAGAACUAAAGUCAAAGUGUCUGGUGGAACGCAAACCUGCACCCAAGAUCUCCAAAUACACAAAAAUGGCAUUGGACCAAAAUCAUAUUCCCUGGGAGGUACAGCAGCGGCGCAGCUAUCGGCGUCAGUACGGGAGAGGCUGCUUGGCUCGCAGUCAUUGCCAAAACCCGGCACUCAUGACUUUGCUGCCUUGUUCCACCAUCACAGAAUCGUCCCCAGAGGUGGUAUCAAGAUAAGUGACGGGAGCCUUUCUGAUACUCAAACCUACUCUGAAGUCAAGUCUGAUUACGGAAUACCCUACGCGCCCUGGCUGAGACAUAGCAACACGUACUCGGCGAGCGGCCGGCUGUCCGAAGGCGAAAGCUUGGAGUCCCUCAGCUCGCUCCAUUCAGCGCAGCACAACCACUCCUCCCCUAACUCUCACCAUCGCAGCUCACUCACUCACAAUAAGCACAUCAUGCACCGAGACGCUCAGGGCUCCCGAUUGAACCGGAGCAACAGUAUUAGCUACCUCAGAGAUAGGACGUUCCCAAGGUCCACCAAGUCUGAGAAAUUGUACCCAUCUAUGCUGCAAAGAUCUUCGGAAAGUGACUACGAGCCAUACUAUUGCUUACCUGUGCAGUACGGCCCUGCUACAGGUCAAGGUAUGAACUAUGGAGUCUCGGAGCCCCCGUCGCCGUCUCCUCGAUCUGCACUCAGCCCGACGCACCAGCCUGCCAACGUCAUGCACACACCUCGGCAUUCGCACCACUAUCCUAAGAAGAACGAUGACGUGCAUGGAUCGACAGCUUCUCUUGUAUCAACGGCGUCGUCGCUGGCUGCGGGAGCGGGCAACGACGAGAGACAUGCCCAUGAGGUAUGGGUUCGGAAGCUACGACGAGAACUCGCUGACGCCAAAGAAAAGGUCCACACACUCACCACACAGCUCACGACGAACGCACACGUAGUGUCAGCCUUUGAGCAAAGUCUCUCAAAUAUGACGCAGCGUCUUCAACAGCUUACCGCCACCGCGGAGCGAAAGGAUUCAGAGUUGACGGAGCUGCGGCAAACAAUCGAGUUGCUUCGGAAGCAGUCGAUUCAAGCUGGUCUGACGACUGCACAUAUGCAGUCUAUGGGCAUUCGCGCCGAUGGUGUUAAUGUCACAGGCCAGCAAGAGCCAAACACGCAAACGCAGCAAUCAUCUCCGCAGCGUACAGCACAAGGUGGUAACGGUGCAAUCACCAGGCACUUAUCCACCGAUAGCGUCUCCAGCAUUAACAGCCUCAGCAGUGGGUCUUCUGCACCGCACGAUAAGAAACAUAAGAAGAAAGGCUGGCUGCGCUCAUCGUUCACGAAAGCAUUCUCUAGAAAUGCGAAGAUAUCAAAGACUGCCAAACAUUCUUCCUUGGGGCAAUUGUCGUCACAAGACAGCUCUUCAGGGUCCCAUCACUACGACGACCCGCACACAAUUCGUGAAGGCAGCAACGAAAACAGUCUGGAACAUUCGCAUGAAGCGUUACCCGAAGCCGUAAAGGAAGCAGCACCCAAGACUGACGAUACCAAAGAAAAACAAGAUCAAGCAUUAGUAGAUGAACUGAAACGGCAGCUUCGAGAGAAGGAUCUGGUGCUUACGGAUAUUCGGCUGGAAGCCCUCAGCUCGGCACAUCAACUCGAAAGCCUUAAAGAUACUGUUAUCAAGAUGCGGAACGAAAUGCUAAACCUAAAGCAGAACAACGAGCGUCUACAGCGGCUGGUGACGUCACGCUCGUUGGCCGGCAGUCAAAGCUCGCUUGGCACUGGUGGCUCAGCAGUUGAGGACCCUAGGAGAUUCAGUCUUGCAGACCAGGCUACUAUGCACCAGACAACUAUAGACAUCCACUCUCAGCCAUUAGAUUUAGACUUCAACUGUAUUACCUCAACCCCUACCAUGGACUUCUCGAAAAAGGGCUCUCCCAAAUCCAUGGGCGAACCCAUCUAUGGCAACAAAGCUACCUGCGAACUAAGUGAAAAUAACGAAACUUUAUUAGAAGCACUCAAUGGUACCAGUGACAUAUUUGCCAACGGGUUGACUGCUACGGAUAGAUUAAGUGGAGAUUACGACAUUAACAGCGUGUUGCCUCCGCCUAAGAGUCGAGAACUUGCGAUAGGGGAAAGCUAUUCUGACAUUGGGGUUGCCGAUAGCCAAGGUGAUACGACUGAUGGAAAGAAAAUAGCGAUAGCUGUUUAUUUAGGCCAGCCUGAAACAUUUCAGAGAUAUUUUGAAGAAGUUCAAGACACGUUGACUGAAUCCGAAUGCAGAUUCUUCGCUAAACAGUCAUCUAGCUCGUAUAAUCACUUCGAGAAGCAGUCUAGCUUUGAUUCUCCGCGAAUGUCCCAAAACCACAGUCCCACCGUAGAAACACAGGAUUAUCCGCAGUCUAUAAAUAAGUCAAAUACGAAUAGCCUUAAAAGCAAUAAAUCUACGCACAGUAAUUCGUAUAAAAACGUUUAUAACAGUGACUCGACAAUAAACUGCAAUGAAUUCACGAUAGCUUACACGUAUAUUUCUGGCAAGACGACUUGGCAGAAUCUAGAUUACAUAGUUAGAAAGACGUUCAAGGAUUUCCUGUCGAGAAUAGAUCCGGGGACAAACCUUGGUUUGAACACAGACUCCAUUACGUCGUAUCAUUUGGGAGAGGCUACGAGAGGCCCGGAGAUUGGCUUCCCCGAACUGCUUCCGUGCGGAUAUAUCAUCGGCACUGUAAACACGCUUUACAUUUGCCUUCAAGGCGUCGGCAGCUUAGCAUUCGACAGCCUUAUACCAAAAAAUAUCGUAUACAGGUACGUGUCGCUAUUAUCGGAGCACCGGCGGGUAAUUCUAUGCGGACCCAGCGGAACCGGCAAAUCUUAUUUGGCAGCAAAAUUAGCCGAAUUCUACGUCCAAAGGACGCAACGCCGCGGCAACCCAGCAGAAGCCGUUGCUACUUUCAACGUGGAUCGCAAAACGUGUAACGAGCUUCGCGCAUACCUCGCGAACAUAGCCGAGCAAUGCAGUGCUGCAGCCGCCGGCGAAGAGGCAGCGCUGCCUUCAGUGGUAGUUUUAGACAACUUACAACACGCUUCGGCGCUUGGUGAUGCCUUUGCCGGACUCUUGCCGCCUGACAACCGGAACAUGCCAGUUAUUAUUGGAACAAUGUCCCAGGCGACAUGUAACACAACAAAUCUUCAAUUGCACCACAACUUCAGGUGGCUUCUUACUGCAAAUCACAUGGAACCUGUCAAAGGAUUCUUAGCUAGGUAUCUUCGUCGGAAAUUAUUCUCCCUGGAGCUGAGGCUGGGUCGCCGUGAGGCAGCUCUUGCUGCCGUGCUAGAAUGGUUGCCUGGUGUGUGGUCCACUCUCAAUGCCUUCCUCGAAGCUCACUCAUCCAGUGACGUCACCGUGGGCCCUAGACUAUUCCUCGCUUGUCCUAUGGAUCUCGAAGCUAGUCAGGCAUGGUUCGCGGACGUAUGGAACUACAGCAUCGUGCCGUACGUAUCGGAGGCCGUACGCGAAGGGGUCGCUCUAUACGGCAAACGUCGCCAUGCUGCGCAGGAUCCACUACAGCACGUCAAGUCUUCCUACCCUUGGCGGGAACCUAAUCAUUCACAUACGCUCAGAGCAAUAACCGUCGAUGACAUCGGCAUCGAGGAAUCGAAUCAAGAUGCGAACACAAACAAUAAUCAAGAUCCAUUGUUGAACAUGCUAAUGCGACUCCAAGAGGCGGCUAACUACAGUGGAAACCAAAGCCAAGACUCUGACAACGCGAGUAUGGACUCGAAUCUCACCCACGACAGCUCAAUGGCCAAUGAGCUCUAACACAGCUGUUAUAAUACUCUAUUUAUAACUGUUGAUUAAUGUUAAUGGAUAUGACCGAUGCGUUAAUUCAGAUAAUAUGUAACUUGACACUAAAAUUACGUCGAUCAUUUUAUUGUGUUAUUGUUUAACCUUUUGUUUCACUUAUCUAUAAUUUUUCUUUAAAUUUAUCCUUAGUUCUCCAUAUAAAAACGACUGAACGUUACAAUACCUAAUGUUCGAAAACUUGAAGAGGAUUUGUGUGAAUUAUGAUAUACAAAGCCAAAUAUUUGCCAUAUUUGUACAUUAUUUAUAUUUAUUUACGCUAGAGAUACGUCUAUAAUUUUGAAAUCUUAUUUUAUUUAGCAAUAUCUAUUAGUAAGUUGCUUCUUAGUCAAUCGCAGAAUUAUUAAAAGUUCCUUAUGGAAAGUUUUCACUCAGCUGUAUUUGCGGAUCGUAGCAAAUAUCAGAAGCUCGAGUAUUUAAACCUUUCUCUAAAAUGUUUUUAUUUCGUUGCAAUUUAAUGUGAUUCGUUAAAAGUCAAUGUUAAAAAGCUUGACGUGUAUUGUGAGGAAAUAAUAGUGCCUGGAGGGAUAUUUUUCCAUUUUUAUGAGGUAAUUCAAACAGUAUAAACUUUGUUCUUAGUGGAAUUUAAGGUACUUAAACCUGUGUUCAAUAUAAAAUCUAGUUUUUAUUAACAUUGUUAAUUUAUGUCAUUUGUAUUACCAACUGUAAAACACCAGACUCAGUUGUCAUAAAAAAUAACCAUUUUCACUGAACAAAGUUUACAACUGUCCAAGUUUAUAUAAAGCAUUGUGGCUUUUUACUAUUGUUAUAUUUUUCAAAUUAGAAUACGAACCGCAUUUGUAUUAUUAGACAUUGUAUGUAAUAUAUGAAAGUGUAAUUUUUAUACCAUUUUCAUAUUAAAACUCGUGUACCUAAUAAAAAUAUUUAGGUGUAAAUAAAAUAAUAUGUUUAAUAUAAUUUUUUCUACGCAAAUACACUAACCGCUACUAUGCCAUAAAAAGUAUAAUGUU